AUGGCUCGUAUAAAUCGUCCUGCUCCAGUGGAGGUCUGUUACAAAAACAUGCGUUUCCUGAUCACCCAUAACCCAACAAACGCAACCCUUAAUACUUUCAUCGAGGUAAGCAAUGACUGCUAGACUUGAGCAUCAAGCAUGGCUCAGAGCUUCUGCGUUGCAAAGCAUUUUUGACCUGCAUUGGGAGGUCUGUGAUUGGACAGCCACAAAAAGUCUGGGUGGGGCUAGAAGGGGAGGGCAGGCAAAGGCAGGAGACAAGAGAUCUGCAGGUUUUGCAAGCUGUUUUUUUUUUUUUAAAUUUACCCCCAAUGAAAUUGCAUAAUUAUAUGCUUGCAAGUUUUUUAAUUGGGGUUGUAUCUGCUAAACAGUAAAUCUGAUUUAUUUUGUAUUUGGGUAGUUAAUUAAAUGUAGUUGAAUUAUUUAAUAUGCUUCUGCAUGGAAAAAUUAUCCUUAAAAUAUAUAAUCUGUUUGGCUUAGUGUGGCUUUUUUUCACUGCGGCAUAUUAAAACACUGGCAAUAUUUGAUGGGUUCAAGCAAUGUCCAGUUGACCGAAAGGCAAAUAUCCUUUGGGGAAAUAAGGUUUUUUUUUCUAAGCAGUCACAUUGAUUCUAAUCCCUUUUAGUUUACUUUGAAGUCGUAAAGGGGGGAAAAAAGCCUUAAGUGUAAAGUCCCAGAGAUUGGAAGGCCAUCAGCGGUGUUGCAAAGUCAGAAUAUAUUACCUGUUAUGCGAUAGAUAUAUUUUAGCCCCAUCUCCAAACAUUCACAUACGAUUCUCUUACUGUUGCCAAGAUCACUCCUAAAAUGACUUGCCACUGCAAAGGUACUUGGCAAGGGACACAGCUAAGCUAUUUUCAGCCCCCCAACCCUCCCCUCGCAGUUUUUGCAGAAAGUGGAAGCCGUCCAAUUACUGAUCUUUACUUUAUUGGAUGUUUGGGAACUUUAAACUGAGCAAAAAACAAAAAAUAAAUUGCGUUUGGAAAGCACGUUUAGAGCAAUAAACUAUUUUGCCAUGGCAACAUUACUGAUCAGUUUAAAGAUAAACUGUAGUUAAAGUUAUAAAAGAAUUUGCAUUGCCUCUGCAAAAUGCUAAUAAAUGUAUUCAACAAAAAGUUAUUUAGGUGAUCGGUGUCCUGUUUGGGUUCCCCUACCCCCAAUUAACAAGCCUGAUUGUAUGAAGCCUUUGUGACUAGGGAAGCCGGUUCAAAUAGAGGAAUUGGAUUUGGUAUUUACAGUAACACAGUAUGGUUAUGGUGGAUAUGCAAGUUCUUUGUCACAAAACAUUAUUUUGUUUAGUUUCACAUACAUUGGCACAAACACACCUUUAUCAUUUGUUUCAAUAGCCGAUGUCCAAAUCUUUGUAAAUAACUCAUUCUAUUCACCUGCUUGAAAGAGAAGCUUCUAAACCGAUGCAUUACAUUCUUUUGUUUGUAAUUUUUAUGCAGCCCUGUAAUAUAGAUUUCCCUGUGCAUCUAGUAAAAUAUGAGAGUUGGUUAUUGUGCCUAUAUCCAUGCAGCUUAAUCAACAAAACUUGUCCCUCUUCCAAAAACUAAAUUCUAAAACUGGGUAAUGGCUAGCUUUCAGAUAUCCUGGGUAGUGGCAGUGAUUGCUAAGCAAUUAGCCAUUAGCUGUCAUACAUUAUAAGUGAUAUUGCUUCAGAUUGAUUAAUUUUUAAUGUUGACUUGUUGUGAAAACACUUCCUAUGUUAUAUCUUGUGCAUCCUAUGGUGUAAUUUAUAUUAUACCCUUUCUAAUUCACACUUUGUCUGCUGUUGAUUACAGGAUCUGAAGAAGUAUGGUGCCACAACUGUGGUCAGAGUGUGCGAAAUUACUUAUGAUAAGACCCCUCUGGAAAAAGAUGGCAUUACUGUGAUGGUAAGUUGACAAUCUGGUUAUGCCCGCGGCAGGAUAAAUUAGGGCUAGUAACCAGGUUAAAUAGGGACGGUCACCAAACAGCUCCCUAACGGUUACAGAGAACAAAUGGCCAAUGAGGCAAAGCCAUUACCUAUAUUAUAAAGAUCAUCAUGCAGAAAUUCUUGGCUAGAAGUCUGCAUUUUUAUGUUUGCAUGCACGUGCGUCAUUAUGCAUGCCUCUCAAAAUUUACGAUUUUGGCUUGACUAUCCAGAUUUUAGGGUCCUGCUUCCAAAAUGUGUCGUGCUGGCACAUCAUUAGAUGUGGUUAUACUAUGUUCAUGGCACUAAGACCCUGCAGAAAACCCUGAAACGGUGCCCUUUGUGUGCCAUACUGCUUUAUUUGCAUACUGCCCGGCGCCUGCCUACUUUCUGGGCAGUAAUUGUAUCCGUAACCCGCCCAACGGAAUUCUGCAUGACAGCAUGCUUAUGUUUGGGGGGCAAUACAUUAUGACAAGAUGUCAGAACUAGUACCUGGAUGUACGGUCAAAGGAACUAUAUGUAUUUAAACCUGCACAUAAUGCUUUAGUGCAGGCUUCCCCAAACUCUGGCCCUCCAGAUGUUGCUGAACUACAAUUCCCAUGAUUCUCAGACUAUCUAUUUCAUUCAUAGAAGCAUGGGAGUUGCAGUUCAGCAACAUCUGGAGGGCCGGAGUUUGAGGAAGCCUGCCAGGUCCUUUCUUUGAGUUGGUGACAAUUCCUCUAACAUGGGUUGUUUCUUAAUGCAAAGGUUUAUUCUGUAACAGUUUGUGUUUCUUUAUAUAAAUGCUAUUUGAACAAGUCAUCGUGUUAUCCAAUUUAAUGGACAACACUGAAAGAUAUUGUUUCUCCAUCUGACAUGGUUUUGAGAUGAGAAUUUGUUGUCCUUCUGGCUUCCCCCGUGCAGUGUUUACAUUGCAUUAUAAAUGCCAGACCUUGGCACAGAGGUUUUGAUAGCUGCGCUAUAUUUGUCCCUCUAAUAGAAGCCUCAGCAGCUCGGAGAGUGGGUGGGCAACUACUGGUGUGAUUGACUUCAUAAAGGGAUACUGUCACAUAAUCUAAACCUCACCUGUCACUCUCAUACAAUACACUCACACUCCUGCACAGGUUCUCAAGGUCCUCGGCUAAAUGUCUAUUAUACGGUUGUUUUAGACCUUCAUUAACUCUGUGUGUGACAGAGGAAAGUACUGACAGGGUAUGGUAAAUGUGAGUGUGCAUUAUAUGAUCUAAUUCAGCUUUACAGGAACUACGAUUCUGCCAGGUGGUGGAAUUAGUCUACUAACUCUGUAUAUGCCCUAAGGGGCAGUAAAUUAAAGUAUUAAUAUGAGAUACAUUUUUCCCUACUUGGAAGUCUAGAACAGUUUCACUAUACCAUGUAAAUUUCUGUAUACCCGAAGUAUCUUUUAAUUCUGUUAAUAGAGGGGACAGAACCUCCAAACAUUUCAAAUGUGGUGUGACCCUCUGAGAAAUUUUAGGUGACUUACGAAUAUCAAUUUAUGCCAUUAAACUGUGAUGUAGAACAAGAACAAUGUCUCUUAUUUCCACAGACUGAUUUUUAAACACAUUUAUUGUAAUUUAAUGACACAUUACUUGGAGAUUUUUUGCUGUGGAGCUCUGGUACACACUGAGACACAUUACUGGGAGUAAUAUUGCUGUGGGGCUCUGUUAUACACACAGACACAUUACUGGGAGUAUUAUUGCUGUGGAGCUCCGUUAUACACUCAGACACAUUACUGGGAGUAUUAUUGCUGUGGAGCUCUGUUAUACAGUCAGACUCAUUACUGGGAGUAUUAUUGCUAUGGAUCUCUGUUAUACACUCAGACACAUUACUGGGAGUAUUAUUGCUGUGGAGCUCUGUUAUACACUCAGACACAUUACUGGGAGUAUUAUUGCUAUGGAUCUGUUAUACACUCAGACACAUUACUGGGAGUAUUAUUACUGUGGAGCUCUGUUAUACAGUCAGACACAUUACUGGGAGUAUUAUUACUGUGGAGCCCUGUUAUACACAGACACAUUACUGGGAGUAUUAUUGCUGUGGAGCUCUGUUAUACACUCCAUCACAUUACUGGGAGUAUUAUUGUUGUGGAGCUCUGUUAUAUACUCAGACACAUUACUGGGAGUAUUAUUGCUGUGGGGCUCUGUUAUACAGUCAGACACAUUACUGGGAGUAUUAUUGCUGGGGAGCUCUGUUAUACACUCAGACACAUUACUGGGAGUAUUAUUGCUGUGGAGCUCUGUUAUACACUCAGACACAUUACUGGAGUAUUAUUGCUGUGGAGCUCUGUUAUACACUCAGACACAUUACUGGGAGUAUUAUUGCUGUGGAGCUCUGUUAUACACUCAGACACAUUACUGGGAGUAUUAUUGCUGUGGGGCUCUGUUAUACACUCAGACACAUUACUGGGAGUAUUAUUGCUGUGGGGCUCUGUUAUACAGUCAGACACAUUACUGGGAGUAUUAUUGCUGGGGAGCUCUGUUAUACACUCAGACCCAAACAAUAUGGAGCUCCUAGAAAAGAGGGACAUUUGGAAAGAAAAACAGGACAAAUGGAUUUAAAAAGGGGGACUUGGGCCCAAAAUAGGAACACUUGGGCGGUAUGGAAAUUGGGUAAAUUUAUUUAACUCAAUGCAUUUGCCAGGACUAUGAAUUUCUUUCUUCUUAGAUUUUAAUAUAUCCUUGCAGAUAGCUGGUGCUCUAAAAAUAAAAUCUUAAUCAUUUUAUGAGGUUUUUUUAAAACAACACAUAUAUGGCAGAUUUCAUUCUGAUUAACUCUCUGUAUAAUUAGUUUCUAAUUUAGCUUUAGGUAUUUUAGUCUGCUAGAGGACAUUUUAUUUUAUGGUUUUUGAUUUCUGCAGCAGGCUUAUAGCGGUCAGUAAUUCUGGGGGAAGUUUGACGAAGACUCACUGUUUAUGUAUAGAACAGGCAGAAUCACAUUUUUGAGCGUUUCGAUGUUCCCAUUAUGUAGUACAAUAUCUGCGCCAAAUAAUUUUGGGGCUGUAAACUUUGACUUUUCUCCUUCCAGUUCUAUCAGUGGGGUGGGAGAGAUAAUUCUGCACCUGUCAAUCCAUAAAAAGAGAGCUACAUAAUGUGUUUUUUUUUUUUUUUUUUCUCUCAAAUAUAAUUUACUUGCAUUGUCCCAGUGGUGUAUUUUUUCUGAUGGCUUAGAGAUCGAGGUUUAUUUGUAAGGAAGUAGUAUGCAUGCAUUAAAAAAAAAAUAAAUAAAAAAAAAAGAGGAAGAAGAAAUUUUAAAUGUGAUGAAAUGUUUUGCAAAGAUUCCAGAGAUUGUGGAUUAAAUGUUAAUUGGAAAACCAUCAAAUUGGGUUUCAAUGGCUUUUCUUGCAGAUAAACACACCCAGAUUGUAAAAAAAACUAAAUACUCUAAAAACACAUUAUGUAAAUCUGACAUUAAUUAUAUUCUAAUAGAGCUCUAUAAUUUAGACUGAGCUUAAGAUUUAAAGGGACAUUAGUCACCAGAACAACUACAGCUUACUGUACAGUAUACAGCUUACGUUAUUUGUUCUGGUAUGUAGAGUCAGUCCUUUCAGGGUUUUUUUUGUUUUUUUGUUUGUUUGUUUUUUGUUUUUCUAGAGAAAAUGCAGUGUUUACAUCACAGCCUAGUGAUGCCUCCAGUGGCCACCACUCAGAUGGCUACUAGAGGUGCUUCCUGGGGCAGUGCUGCUCAGUGUGAUUGGCCAGGGUAGUGUUGGGCUCCUCCCCUGGCCCGCCUCCUCGGGUGAGAUCAUCAGAAUUGACCAGCUCAACCAAUCCAAUUAUGAUUGGCUUAGAUCAACAAUUCUGAUGAUGUCAGCCAAGGAGACAGAUCAGGGGCAGAGUCAGCAGCAGCAGACUGGAAUAACAGUCAUAUUUUACUGUAGUUAAGGGCGCUAGAUGGGGGUUUUAACAUUAUAGGGUCAGAAAUACAUGUUUGUGUUCCUGACCCUAUAGUGUUACUUUUUAUAGUAUAUUCUGAAUAUUUUGCCCCAGGUAUAACGUUUUCUGGUUAGUCUAACCAAUGUCCUGCAAUAGUGGAACCUAGUCUGUAUAAUAACAUUAUGGGCUAGAAGUCCAGCCACUACUCCUUAUAGCCCAAUGUGUCCCUUCUGAUGACAAUGCAGUGGGUUCAGACACUUGCUGAUUUUUACUGUUUUGUUAGUAAAAUGUAUUUGAAAUCCUCUAUAUCUGCCAAAACUGUCAAGCCGCACAAACAGAAUUUAAUUCUCCCUUCAUGCACAGAAGAGACUGAACAUGUCCAAGAUGGUGUCCGUAAUACAGACACAGCUGUCUGACAUCGAUCAGCUCCGCUUUGGAUUCUGCUGUAGUGACACUCUUAAUAGUAACACUUCUUAUUAAGUAUUCCUUUAAUCUAAUCUAUAUUAGCAGCCACUUCUAAUGGAAGAUCGCCGUAGCAGCUUGAAAUUGUAUACUGAGAAUUUCAGUCGAACAGACUGUGACGACUUGUUCCUAGUUAGCAAUCUAUCCAGGACUUUGGGACCCCUAACCAGGACUUUGGGACCCCUAACCAGGACUUUGGGACCCCUAACCAGGACUUUGGGACCCCUAUCCAGGACUUUGGGACCCCUAUCCAGGACUUUGGGACCCCUAUCCAGGACUUUGGGACCCCUAACCAGGACUUUGGGACCCCUAUCCAGGACUUUGGGACCCCUAACCAGGACUUUGGGACCCCUAACCAGGACUUUGGGACCCCUAACCAGGACUUUGGGACCCCUAUCCGGGACUUUGGAGAGUAGAGUUGGCAGAUUUGGUCGUAAGCGUCAAAUAAAUGGGUGAAAGACUCAAAGGGAGAUAUUUUCAUUGAGAAGAGAAAAAAAAGUGUGUAAAGCAAUGGGCGAUUAGAGGACUUGGCACCAUCAUGCUGGCAUCCAUGAAGCCUCCUGCUCUCUAACAACCAUUAGUUACCUUAUUACACCCUUAUAUCUAGACUUGCUCCAUUAUAUUUGGCUGUACAGUGAACAUAAGCCCAAUCAUGGAAGGGCAAGCCACCUACCAGCAGAUGACAUCCCAUGUCCAUGUCCUUGACUUCUUAUAGUGCUGAAAAUUCUGUAAAAUCAGACGAGCUGACUUACAUUGCGGAGGGUUUGCAGCUAGUGACGUCUGAUACAUUGAUAACAAAGUUGGACAAUUUUUUUUUUUUUUUUUGCCAAAAUAUAACUCCUCUAAAAAAAUUUAAAAAAAAUAGACCAGGCUUUAAAUCAGGUGCUUUAAACAGCUGUUGUAAUAAUGUAAUAUUAUUUUUAAAGCAGCAGUCAGUAAUCUGUGCAGCUUGGCGAUAUGUAUUUCACGUAUUGUCUGAUGUGUUUUUUGCUUUGUAAUUGAAAUAAUGUUUUAACAUUUUUGUUCGUGUUUUAUCCUUGUUUAAGGACUGGCCAUUUGACGACGGAGCACCACCCCCCAACAAAAUUGUGGAAGACUGGCUAAAUUUGCUGAAAGCGAAGUUCUGUGAAGACCCUGGCUGCUGUGUAGCUGUUCACUGCGUGGCUGGAUUGGGGAGGUAUGUGGGAGCUAGUAUUGCUGUCCUGAACGCUUUCACAGAACUAAUGGUUUGCUAUGAGAGCUGAGAGGUUUUCUUGCCCCAUCCGCCUCCCUCUCUCUCGCUGUGCCCCAUCCGCCUCCCUCUCUCUCGCUGUGCCCCAUCCGCCUCCCUCUCUGUCGCUGUGCCCCAUCCGCCUCCCUCUCUGUCGCUGUGCCCCAUCCGCCUCCCUCUCUCUCGCUGUGCCCCAUCCGCCUCCCUCUCUCUCGCUGUGCCCCAUCCGCCUCCCUCUCUGUCGCUGUACCCCAUCUGCCUCCCUCUCUGUCGCUGUACCCCAUCCGCCUCCCUCUCUGUCGCUGUACCCCAUCCGCCUCCCUCUCUCUCUCUGUGCCCCAUCCGCCUCGCUCGCUGUGCCCCAUACGCCUCGCUCGCUGUGCCCCAUCCGCCUCGCUCGAUCUCUCUCUCUGUGCCCCAUCCUUCUUCGCUGUGCCCCUUUCAUUCGCUGUGCCCCCAUCCAGCCACCAUUUCGAUCUCUCUCUCUGUCUUCCAUCUGCCUGCAUCUGGCUCUUCUGCCCUUUCUCUCUUGCUGUGCCACUACUGCCUUUUUAUAUAAGCUGUGCAUAUUUUAAAUUGUGCAAUUUAAUAGGUGUGGUUUUUUUGUGUGCUAAUUGGUCAUUUUGUGUUUGUGUAGGGCUCCCGUCCUGGUAGCGCUUGCUCUCAUUGAGAGUGGAAUGAAGUACGAGGACGCCAUUCAAUUCAUCAGACAGUGAGUAUCAGGUUGCAUGCAGGCUCCGCAUUCUGUUUGGCCAUUAUAUAAAUGAAAUCACUGUAGAGGAGGAAAGCAGCUUCUGUAAAGGUGAGGCCAUGUAGUCAGAAGGAUUUUAAAAGAAGUAUACUGGUUGUGGUUGGUACCCAUGAACAAAACAUUAGAUGACUCAAUAGGGCAAAAAAUCCUAAUUCCCAACGCAACCACCAUUUUAUUAUCAUGAAUUCCACUGACAAGCCUCCUUUUUCACCUACAUUUAACUUUUUAAUAACUCCUCUUCUUUAACCCCUAUCUAUAGGGCAGCGAUAGGCGACCUUAGCACAACCUAUAUUUCCAAACCACAUUUCCCAUGAUGCUUUGUAUGAUCAUAGGUCAUUUCUUGGAUGUCAAGUUUAGCGAUCACUGGAUUGAUGGACCCCAAUGAUCAGCACUCAGGAGAAACUAGACUACGUAUUGAUAUGUAGCAUCCAAAGGUUGCUUAAACCGGAUUACAGGAAAGCGGCUUGACAUUUGCAUUUGUAAUCUUUCAGAUAAUGCGGUGUAUUUAUAAAAUUGUCUAAGAUUAUAUGAAAAAAGUUAUUGUUUCUCCAUUCAAGAAAAAGUGUUUUUUUUUUGUUUGUUUUUUUUUCAUUACCUUAAACCAAAACUUCUUAAGAAUUGAGAACAUAAAUGCUAAUUUUAGCAACAACUAGAAUUUUUUUUCUAGUUCCCCUUAAAAAAGUUACUUCAUUUCUCAGUUCUUCAGAAUUUAUUAACUCGAUUCUCACUCCUUUUUCAGGAAACGCAGAGGGGCAAUCAACAGCAAGCAACUGACGUACUUGGAAAAAUACAGGCCAAAGCAGAGACUAAGGUUUAAGGACCCCCACAAUCACAAGAACAAAUGUUGCAUUAUGUAA